UUAUUGAACCCCUGAACAGAACCAAGGUUGCUAAGAGACCACCUGUGCUGAAUGCACUUUGUUCUAGCCAGAGCAGAGUAAGAGAAAACUGAGGAGCUGUGUUAUCUACCACGGCCUGGGAUUAAUUCAGGGAGCAGGAAUAUUCUGGCUAUGACUGGUAAAAACUGGAUAUUAAUUGCCACUACUACUCCCAAAAGCCUGGAAGAUGAAAUUGUGGGAAGACUUCUAAAAAUUUUGUUUGUUAUCUUUGUUGACUUAAUGUCUAUUAUGUAUGUUGUUAUAACUUCUUAAAAAGCUGACUUCCUUUACUUUACAUGUAAAUUUCAAAUUGAAUUCCAGUGAAUAAAAAUUUGUAUUUUAA